AUGAGUGUGUUGAAUGGGGAUAUCCUAAGGAGAAGAUGGAUCAUUAAUGGUUUGCUCGUUGUGGCUGUUUGGUUUAUAAUAAGAAACAGCUUGCAAUAUGGCACUAACGUCGAUACAAAUGUUCCUACUUCAGAACUUCUUUCGGAUUCUGCCGCAAAACCUACUCCAGUACCAGGUUUCGAUUCUACGGUUCAACCUAAACCUGAGGAUCCCAAGCAAGAAGAGCCAAAGAAAGAAGAGUAUGGGCAAAAGGAGGAUACCCAUGACACAUUUUCAUGGCCAGGUGUUUCAAAGCCUCCAGCUCUAAACUUAGACAGGCCAAACGAUAAGCCAAAAAAUAAAAAUGUAUACCCUUUCAAUAUAACCGGUGCUGGUGCUGCGUUUGAAACUGUGGUUCAGGGAAAGAAAGAUAAACCUAAAGCUUGUUUCGUAUCCUUGGUUAGAAACAGUGAAAUAUGGGAGUUAACAAAAUCAAUUGCUUCUGUUCAAGACAAAUUCAAUGGUAAGUUUGACUAUCCAUGGGUGUUCUUGAAUGAUGAACCUUUCACGGAAGAAUUCAAAAAGCAUAUCUUGGCAGUCGUACCUAACUCCAAGUUCGGUCUUAUUCCAAAGGAGCAUUGGUCGUAUCCAGAUUACAUCUCUCAAGAACGUGCUGCGAAAGCGAGAGUAGACAUGAAAGAUAUUAUAUACGGUGAUUCUGAAAGUUAUCGUCAUAUGUGCCGCUUCCAAUCUGGUUUCUUUUUCCAACAUCCUCUAUUGGCUGAAUACGAUUGGUACUGGCGUGUGGAACCUAGUACCGAGCUUUAUUGUACCAUAGACUACGAUGUCUUCCAGUUUAUGCAAGACAACGAUAUCACCCUAGGUUUUACCAUAACCAUUCAUGAAUACCGGGCGACAAUUGAAACCUUGUGGGAAACCACUAAAAAAUUCCUGGAAGAAAAUCCAGGCUACGUUCAUAAAGAUAAUCUUCUUGGUUUUAUCUCUGAUGAUGGUGGUAAUGAAUAUAACUUGUGUCAUUUCUGGUCUAACUUUGAGGUCGCAAACCUAAACUUUUACAGAUCUAAAGCAUACCUCGAUUACUUCAAUUACCUAGAUAAAUCUGGUGGUUUCUUUUAUGAGCGUUGGGGUGAUGCGCCUAUCCAUUCCAUCGCUGCUUCUAUCAUGCUUUCUCGUGAUAGAAUUCACUACUUCAAUGAUAUUGGCUACCAUCAUCCACCUUACAGUAACUGCCCAUUCGUUGACGAUAUUCGGAGUAAGGGUAAAUGCACCUGUGAUCCUGAGAUAGAUUUCACCUUUAGGGGUUACGCUUGCGGUAAGGAAUACUUUAAUUCUCAGGGCUUUAGAAGACCAGAAAACUGGGAGAAGUAUACCUAA